AACUUUUGAAGUGAUUCGUAGUUGUUUUCCAACUUUCUUUGUUGUAAAAAUGAAAAAAAAUAUUUUAUUCGCAAUUUGCAUUGUCAUCGGAGCAAAGGUUACGAUAGCAUGCAACCCAACUCCGACUAGAGUCAAGGGAACUCAUGCACCAGGUCAAUUCUGUUCCGGUGAUUUGAUCUUCGAAGACAAUUUCGAUACUUUCGACUUGAACAAAUGGCAACAUGCAGUGACGAUGGCUGGUGGAGGAAAUUACGAGUUUCAAUGGGUUGUUAAUGACCGAAAUAAUACGUACGCAUCCAAUGGAAUUCUUCAUAUUAGACCGACUCUAACUUCAGAUUUGUUUGGUGAACAAUUUGUUACGUCGGGAACAGUUGAAAUACCUGAAUGGGAAUGUACCGACGCAUCGAAUUGGGGUUGCAAGAAAACAGGCAGUCCUAGUAAUCCAAUUCCUCCGAUUCGAAGCGGUAGGAUUAACACGUAUAAUUCAUUCGGAUUUAAAUAUGGAACUGUGGAAAUACGUGCUAAAGGUCCCACCGGAGACUGGAUAGGAGCAGCUUUGUGGCUUUUGCCAAUCGAAUCAAUCUAUGGCGGCUGGCCUGCUUCUGGAGAAAUUGACAUGGUGGAGAUGAAGGGUAACACCGAUUACUGGGAUCCUGGCAGAAAUAAUCUUCAAGUGGGUGCGCAGCACAUAGGAUCAACACUGAAUUAUGGGCCAAGAUGGGAUGUUAAUGGUUGGUCUAGUACAACUGCAUCACGAAAUCGACGUCCCGGUUUCAAUGAAGAUUUCCACGUCUACAAAAUGGUAUGGACUACAGAAUCGUUGCAAUUUUUCGUCGAUGGUGAGCGUCUGCUAAGCGUAACGCCAGGUAGUGGAGGAUUUUGGGAGAGAGGAGGCUUCGGCUGGACAGGCUUGCCAAAUCCAUGGGUGAACGGAACUAAAAUGGCUCCGUUUGACAAUGAAUUCGGAAUUAUUUUAAGUCAUGGUGUGGGAGGCACUUCAGUUUUUAGUGAUAAUUACGUAAAUGGUAACGGUGCAAAGCCUUGGGUAAAUAAUAAUGGCAGAGCAAUGGCAGACUUUUGGAUAGGAAGAUCACAGUGGAAAUCCCAAUGGGAGUUACAUACGGAUCAGAGCCAUUUUCAAAUUGACUACGUUCGUGUUUGGGCUUUGUAAAUUAGUUUUCCGUUAAACGUUAUGACCGUAAUCAUGUAUUGUAUUGAUCAAGGUCACAAAAUGUUAUUUAUAAAUUGGAUCUGGAAAGAUCGUAAAUGGUACGAAAGUCCAAUUUAAUUUUUAUGUUUUCUUUAAUUUCUUUCAUUCAAUUCACAAAUCGUCGGUACAUUCCAAGAAAGCAACUGUAUAUUCAUUGCACUGAAGUUUGACUGACGUCCGUUCGAAAUCACCCGCAAAAAGAAUCCAGCCAGGUCGCGCAGAGAAAUCGAAAAGGUCAAAUUAAACGCAUCAAUUAAUUGCCAU